GAUUAAUUUUUAAUCUGUUAUCAAUUUUAAUUUGUGUUGUAUCUUGUCAAUUUGUCAUUUACAUUGUCAGUUUGUCACUGUUUUCUUGUCUGAAAAUUUGAAACAAAUUACAUAUUACCUCAAUAUUUACCGUUUAGAUUGCAUUAUAAUUGCAUUAAAAGCUACAAUGUCAGCACAAAACUCGCCGGUAAAGGCGUCAAGAUCACCUAGCGUCAUUGAAACUGUGCAAGACUAUGAUAGUCAGGAUACUUUGUUAAAACAUGUGGACAUAUCGAUAGUGGAGUCAGAGAAACGUGCGAAUGGUACAUUGCACGUCCGCGAUCAUUACACCGUGUAUCUAAUCGAUCUGAAAGUGACUGACCCAGACUACAAACUAGUGCAAUCAAAGAUCAGCACAAUAUGGAGAAGGUACACAGAGUUUGAGCAGAUUCAUGACUACCUACUGGUGACAUACCCACAUGUCAUUAUACCUCCACUGCCUGAAAAGAGGGUCUUGUAUGCCUGGAGAAAAUCUGACACCACAGACCCUGAGUUUGUGGAGAGGAGACGAGCUGGAUUGGAGAAUUUCUUGCUUCGAGUGGCAUCACAUCCUCGACUCUGCUUUGAUGACCAGUUUAUUAACUUUCUGCAACAGGAACAUGGUUGGCGGGAAACAAUUACUGACAGUGGGUACAUUCUGCAAGCUGAAAAUAAAAUAAAAUCCCUAUCAGUAUCAAUCAGAUUAAAAAAGCCAGACCCCGAAAUUGAGAGUGUUAAAAACUAUGGAAAACAAUUAGAAACUAAUUUAGGAAACUUUCUUUAUACUAGAUCUAAAAUAAUAGAAAAGAAUUAUGCGCUGUGCAAGCUUCACGCGAACUAUGGUAAGCUGUUCAGUGAGUGGAGUGUCAUAGAGAAAGAUAUGGGAGAUGGGCUGCAGAAAGCGGGACAUUACUUCGACUCGAUAGCGGACAGCAUAGAUUCAGUGGCAGAAGACGAGGAACAGCUGGCGGACCAGCUGAAAGAGUACCUGUUCUACGCCAGCGCACUGCAACAACUCUGUACCAACCAUGAGAUGCUACAGCGGACCUUGGAGAAUGCACAGGACACACUUAACAAUAGGAUAUCUGAGCGUAGUCGCGCGGCGGCAGGCAAGUCCGGUUUUAUGUCGCGUUUUUUCGGGACUACAGACCCGGACAUUGUACGCGACCAGACCACGCGGGCUCUCGACUCCAAGAUUAUCUCUGACAAGGACGCCAUCGAGAAGGCUAAGACCGAUUUAGAAGAAUUCACAAAAAAGGCGCAGGUAGAAAUAGAAUUUUUCCAAAAACAAAAAGACAAAGAUCUACACGAGUCGCUCGUUAGCUUUAUUACUCUGCAGGUGAAGGCUGCGAAAAAGAAUCUCCAAGCGUGGACCCAGAUCAAGGAAUGCCUGCAAAACAUGCCGUAAGCCCCACCAAAACGAUUUUAUACCAAAUGUACCUUGUGCUCUAUGUAAUAAAACUCUUUUUCUAUCUCAAUUUGUAAGUUAUAUUUGUGACGUUCCAAAAAUGUGUAAGUUUUUAUUUAUAAAAAUAAUCAACUUUGUAAUAUAAUUAGUUAAAGACGAUAUUUAUUUGGAUAUUUAUAGAAAUUAUGAGUUUAUUACGUUGGGUUUGAUGCUGACCAAUCACAGAGUUUGUUUUAGUUCAAUAUUUUUGUCACAAAUAAAUGUGAUAACCGACAUCAAGACACAAAUUCAAUGCCAGGCCAAAGCAUUAUUGAAUUUUCUUAUAAUUGGCGAAAAGCGGAAGUAUUGAAGACUUGAAGCGUAUCGUUUCAACAUCAACAAACUCGUAUUUUAUUCAUAAUUCGAUUGUUUUAAACAAAUAACAAGAAAGAAGAUUGAAGAUAGCACUAUGUGUAGCACUAGAAAGCACGCAAUGUGAGUAGGCAGAGCUUAUGGUAAAUACACGAGCAGACAAUGAAAAGCAUUAGUAGUUUGUGCAUGAUAGACCAAAAUUGUAGGUUAUUCAUGGUAACAACAGUCAGGGCAGAGCCGUAUUAUUAUGCUAGAGGCAAACUAGGCAAGUGCCUAGGGCGCCAAGUUACAGACGGAGGCCAAUGAGGUACUUGCCUAAGGCGCUGUUUAAGUUUAAUUCGCGUCCGUCGCAGGAAUAUUCUAAUGAUGGCUAGAAAUGUCCAAUAACUGUAACUGGCAAUAUUUAAAUUACAAAAUUCUCUAUUAGUGAUUAAUUCACACGCAAUCAUUGAAGUUAGGUGUUAUUAAAUAUUUAAAUAUAUAAAAAGGGGCAAAAACUUAAUUGUUAUUAUUGUACCUACUGACUAAAAAGUGUCGUAAAUAUUUUGAAAACCUACUCAAUUUUGGAAUGAUACUUAAUUUUACGUCACUAGACAACGUGGAUUCCACUCACUAUUUUUGAAAAAUAACGGUGUUUUAUAGCUAGCUAGCAAUCAUCUAUCAUAGAUAAUAUAUUUCAAUUAAAUUUUCUUGAAGUGACUGCAAUCGUUAUUGUAAUAAUAAUAAUAAUCACUGAGUU